AUGGGACACCCAGAAGUUCAGGUCAACGUUCAUAAUUUCUUUCUCAUCAAGCAAAUCGUGGAAGAAGAUAACAGCCUAAUAGCAGUUGGAACCUUCAUUCAACACUGCUUUGAAGAUGAAAAGACAAACGAGAUGAUCAGGGGCAGAAUGCACGAAGAAGGCAAAGAUAUCGAUGAUUAUGAAAUCAAGUUCGAGUAUAUCGCUUCAACGAUGAAACUGCUGAUAACGACAGUGGUCAAGGCACCGUUGGAUGUCAAUGUCGAAUUGGAUUACUUCCCGUUCCGUGUGGUCAGCGCCAAGUUGUUGGUCGAAUUGAGUACCUUUACCACUCUUGACAACGAGACGCGGCUCCGACCAAAUCUCAUUCUGCACUUGUUGGAUAAGACCAACAUGUUUAGCAUUCAAAAGGAUCAAAUGACCGAGACAAAAGGAAGCGAUUUCGAUAAAGCGAAAGACAAGAUGGACAAAGCAGACAGCUAUGACUUUAUUUCGCCCUUUCCAAAAGUGGCCUACCUCUACGACACAAACAAGAGAUAUUGCCCCAAGUUUAUGAUUACCUUUCUAAUGGUCGAAGAUGGUAUGAAGAAAUUUGUUGAGAUUGUGGCUCCCAUGUUCUUGAUUGCUGGCAUGAAUACGAUUCAUGUUCUGAAUCCAGAUGAAAAAGUGGAAGUGGCUGACUACAUUGCCAACUCGGCCACCUUUGCCCUUUCUGUGCUCGUCUUCUUGCCGACCAUGGUUGGAACCUCGAGAGUCCAACAAGUCUGGACCCCGAACAAUCUUUACAUCGUGUUGAUUUUUGUUGCCCUCACAUUGUCGAGUAUACCCGACACUUGGGCAGGUCACAAGGGCUAUGCCAUUGCUGGAAUGAUUAUCUACUGGGUUUCGUUUCUGUUCCCGAUUGUCAAUAGCAUUCGCUACCUUCUGUUCCUUCGCAAGGCAAGACGAAAGGCAAACGCCAAACAUUUUUGGCAGGGCCCCAGCAAGAACCUUUACAAGGCUUCCAAGAAAGAAAUUGCUCACGAGUUUGCCAAAGUGGAAGAGAUUGUCUACAAGCCAGAUGAUGAACGCUUGCAAAUGGAAUAUACAGUGCGGGAAGUGCACAAGUUCCGUGUGCUCGAAUUUGCUUCUGUGGGUGCCAUUGCCCGUAGUAAAAAGAAAAAACCAGCAGGUGCGGCAAAACUGGAGGUUGCUGUUUGA